GACAAAGAAAGACUGAAAGAGAUCCAGUGAGAAUUUCUCAGUCGUACAGACGGGCAAUACAUAGGCAGCAGGCCAGUGAGGCAGACAGACGAGAAACGAGCGUGCGUGAACGAGGAGCGGCACACCGGGGAUAUUUUAGUAGUAACAGUGUAUUCAUAUUCGAUUGGUGGUUUAUUUAUUUAAUAAUUAUAAAUUUAUCAUUGUAAAGUCAUUAGUACGUUUUUAAUAAUCGCUAAAAAUGGCCGGUGAAAAACGUAAUCAGGAUCAAGAACAAGAUACCCAGCGCAAAGAGACAAUUGUGAUCGUUGACAUCGAGGGAACGACCACCAGUAUAAGCUUCGUGAAGGAAACUCUAUUCCCGUACGUUCGUGAGAAUCUCAAGGAUUAUGUGGAAAAAAAAUGGGACGAUGCAGAAUUUAAGGACGACAUUGCUAAGCUAAAAGAACAGGCUGAAAAAGAUGCUGCUGACAAAGUUGAGGGUUUGGUAUCUAUCACUGGUGAAACACCAGAAGAGACCAAAGAGUCAUUGAUGAAAAAUGUCUUGUGGCAAAUGGAUAAUGACCGUAAGAGUGGUGCUCUUAAACAGCUUCAAGGUCACAUGUGGCGAGACGCUUACAAAUCUGGCGCUGUUAAGGGCCAUGUUUAUGAAGAUGUCUCAAAAGCACUUGAAGAUUGGACAAAAAAUGGUCGCAAAGUUUACGUUUACUCCAGCGGAAGCGUUGAAGCGCAAAAAUUGUUAUUUGGGCACUCAGAGCAUGGUGAUCUGCUCAAGUACUUCAGCGAUUACUUCGACACUGAAGUAGGACCUAAGCAAGAAGCUGCUAGCUACAAAAAUAUUCUAACUAAAAUUAAAUGUGACGAUGCAUCAAAGGUACUGUUUCUAACUGACGUUCCUAAAGAAGCUAAAGCUGCAGUUGAAGCUGGAAUGGCGUCAGUAGUAGUUACACGUGAGGGCAACGCAGCUCUUACUGCAGAGGAAAAAACAACUUACUCAACUGUAAAAUCAUUCUUAGAUUUGGCCUUCCAGAGUUCUACCAAGAGACAAAAAGUAGACAGCUCUGAGGCUGCUGAGGAACCAAAAAAAACAGAGGAACCUCCUGUUAAAGCUGCCGAACCAGCUGAAGCAGCAGUUGAGGAUGUUGAGAUGAAGGAUGUCAGUGAGAAGAAAGAAGUUGAGAAGGUUGAAGCUAAGAGUGUUGCUGUUGAAGAAAAGAGUAAACCUGUUGAGAAAGUAACUCCCGUGAAACCUACCGAAGCUCCUAAAGAAGCUAUGGAGUGUGAAACAACGACAGAUGCAGCAGUUGAACCUGAAAAAUCGUCGAAAGAAACUGAAAAAGUUACUGAAGACGCAGUUGCUUGCCCGAAAAAGGUUGAAGAGAAAGUUACAAAGGAAGCUGACAAACCUUCGAAAGAAGCUGAUAAGAAAUCCACGAAGGAAGCUGAACAAAAAAUCACGAAGGAAGCUGAGCAGAAAACCACGAAGGAUGCUGAAGAAACAGUUGCUAAAGCGUCAACCAGUGAAGCUGACAAACCAGAACCAGAAGCUGUUAAAUCAGAUACUCCGGUUGAAGAAAAAGCUAAACAAACUGAACAAUCAAAAUCCGAACCAACGACUAACCUCACAGAGAACAAGACUGAACAAGCUGAAAAAGUCGUCGAUGCACCUAUUGCUGAGACUAAAAUGGAGACUGACGUUGAUAACAAACCUGAGACUGCAGUAGUAGAAGAUAAACCCACAACAGAGCCACCUAAAACUGAAGACUCUCCCAAAGUUGAGGAGAAACCCGAGGUGAAGAAACCCGAGGAAGUUAAAGAACCAGCUCCUGUCAGUAAGACUGAGACUAAAGAAGCUGAAGAAAAACCUGCUGUUGAAGAAGCUAAACAAAAUGGCGACUCAAAAUCUGAAAAGGUUGAGUCGAUAACCACCAACGGCACUACGACAGUGGUAAAGACAAACGGGAACUCUACAGAAACAACUGUCGCACCCGAGACGAAGGAACCUGAGAAAGCCGUUGUUGAUAACGCUAAACCUGAGGCUGUUGAACCCGAACCAGUUAAAUCUGAGUCUGUGAAAGAAGAAGAAAAGGCUAAAGAGGAAGUUGUAGAGAAGAAAUUGAAUGGCAGUACACCAACCACUGAAAAAACUGAGACGACGGAGACGGCACACAGGAAUGGCGUCAACGAAGAGGCUAAACAAAAUGGAGGUGACGAGAGUCCAGCAGACAAGGAGUCCAUUAAAGUCAAGAAAGUCGUCGACACCAUUGCAGCUGACGGAGCUGGUGAGCCUGAAGUUGUUCCACCAGUACCAGUAGUUGCUGCGACGUCUUAAUAAUCUCGCCUCCUGCGCUACUUUUAUGGUAAAAUAUAAUAUUUAAAAGAAAAAAAAAAAAAAAGAAAAAGAAAAAAAAAUAAUCAUACAUAACUCCAUGUCCCUGACUCAAUAUUUAAUAUUACGAGAGCAAAAUUAUAAGUUUAAUCAUUUUUAAAUCCCAAACCAACGACAUUAGCACUUGAAGUAAAUAUUUUACGUGCUCGAGUGCCAGGUGGAUAAAUUUUUUUUUUUUUAAAUUAUAAUGACCGACUAUAAGAAUUAAAUAUAAAUACUUUUUCUAUUUUUGUUUGUUUAUGAGAUAAACUUGUAACUAUUGUAUUUACUAAUCAGCGAUUGACUUCAAUUAAUGAUAAAUUGUCGUAGGUAAAAAGAAGCGCAUUUAAGUCUGUUGUUUUUUUCUAAUUGACGAAAAAAUUAUAUCAGUAUUUAAUUUGAUCGAGCUUUUUGCAAUAGGCGACAAAUUCUUUCCUGUUGAAAAAACUCUGUGCCAAAUAAUUUUUAUAUCUAAUUUUUUAUUUCACAUUUGAUAAAAAAAAAUAAAAAAAAAAAAACUUUGAUUUCUUCCGUGAUUGUUGAGCAGCUCUUUCUUGUCUUAUUUAAUUACUUGACUAAUAAAUAGACUCGCGAUGAUUAUUUUUACCCUCAAGACUGAUAAUCCGUGAGCACAUCAGGAAUUGUUGGCCUAUCGAGAUUACGAUUGAGAUGCCAUUUUUUGUUGUGUGUGUGUUUGUAAACAUAAACAGUGUACUUAAUAAUUUAAUAUUACGGGCUUUAUAUAAUGAUAAUUAUUAUUUUGAUUAUUAUUAUUAUGAUUAUAUUAAUACUAAUGAUAAUAAUAAAAAUAAUAAUAGUAAUAAUAACACUAAUGACGAUAAUAGUGCUUGCUUGAUACUCAGUGGUUGAACUUGGUUGCUUUAAUUAUUUUCAUCCAUGCUAUACGCAUUUUAGUAGACAAAAUUGACUGUGAUCAUAUGAUAGAAGGGAUUUAAUUAAUGAAAUUUUUAAUUGCUGCAACACAAGCUUUCCACCAUCAUUUAUCUCUUUAUUUUAUUUUAUUGAUUAGUAUAUCAAUGGCUUCUAUUAUCAUCUUUCAAUUUAUAUUUAAAAAACUUGAUUCACUGUACACAUGUCGUAAGUCAAUUGUCGUUUCCAUAAAUAAUUAUUAAGUACAUAACAAUUAUCAUUAUUAUUAUUAUAAUUAUUAUUGAUAUUUUAAUUUAAAUGUCAUGGUAAAUUAAGAUUAUUUUAAGUGGUAUGUAUUUUUUUAUAGGUAAGAAUUGGUCGCUUGUCGAGCAAAGGUGUUUUUUUAUCAUUAAACAUUAGAACUAUCAAUUGCAUAUUUAUAUUGGUAUUAAAAGAGCGUAAAUGUAACUAUUAGUUAAUAAUAAUAAUAUUAUUAUUAUUAUAUUAUGUACCGAUAGUUUUCUUAAAAAGAUCAAACAUCUUAUCUUAGGUCUUAAAGCUGCAUAAACCGAUGUCAAAAACUCAUGAGACUUUGUAAAACGCACUAAUUAAAACAUUCCUCGUAUUUGUGCUAUUUAAGUAUAAUGAUAGUUUUACAAAAACUUGAAAUUUUUUAUGUAAAUUUACAGGCCGCUAUAUUCGCGAUUGACUUAUUCGCCUCCCAUUUCAAAUCAUCUCAUUCAUCCCCAUACAAGAUUUGCGUCGAUAAUCGUGAAUUGUGUAGCUCCUAAAUUUACAUAAAAAUUUUUAUAAAUUUAAUUUCUUUAUACUUGAAGCAUUUUUUAAAAUAAAUAAAAAUAUUACGAAUGAAUAAAUCAAAUGCUCAACCAUUUAGCCCGUCUCCUAUCUUUGAU